AUGGCCGUCUCCCCGCUCGUCGUCCCUCCCACUGACGCCCUCCACCCGCCGCCGCGACAAGCCUCGUCGCCCCUCAAGAAAGCUUCGGCCACGCCCUCCGCAAAUGGCACACCCGUGCCGGCGCGCCCCAGCAUGGCGGCGGCGGCAGCAGCAGCAGCAGGCAGCUCGUCUAUAGUGGUGCCGCACGCCCACGCCCAUGCCCAUGCCCACAGCCACCACCGCGUCCGCGACCUCGCCGAGCAGAUGAACGAGGACGAGAAGAAGAAGUACGUCAAGGGCAAGAAGCUCGGUGAGGGAACCUACGCCAACGUCUACCUCGGCCACGAGCGCCGCGACCCCUCGGUCCUCGUCGCCAUCAAGAAGAUCAAGGUCCAGAAGGAGUACGAGGACGGCAUGGCGCCCGACGCCGUCCGCGAGCUCAAGCACCUGCAGGAGCUCAGCCACCCCAACAUCAUCUCGCUGCUGUCCGUCUUCAGCUCCAAGAGCCAGAACCUCAACCUCGUCCUCGAGUACCUGCCCCUCGGCGACCUCGAGAUGCUCAUCCGCGACGUCGACGGCGUCCGCUACGGCGCCGCCGACAUCAAGGCCUGGAUGGGCAUGCUGUCCCGCGCCGUCUGGUUCUGCCACGAGAACUUUGUCCUCCACCGCGAUAUCAAGCCCAACAACCUGCUCAUCGCCGCCGACGGCGAGGUCAAGCUGGCCGAUUUCGGUCUCGCCCGUUCCUUCUCCGACCCCUACCGCGUCAUGACCAGCAACGUCAUCACCCGCUGGUACCGGCCCCCCGAGCUCCUCUUCGGCGCCGAGCACUACUCGGGCGCCGUCGACAUAUGGUCCGUCGGCACCGUCUUUGCCGAGCUCAUCAUCCGCAACCCCUACCUCCCCGGCAACACCGAGGUCGAGCAGAUCAGCCUCAUCUGCCGCGCCAUCGGCACCCCGACCGAGGAGAACUGGCCCGGCGUCAGCAAGCUGCCCCAGUUCACCCUGCCCUCCGAGGUCACCCCGCUGCAGGGCCGCGACUCCUUCAUGGGCAUGUUUGGCACCGUCGGCAGCGACGGCGUCGACCUCCUCAUGAAGACGCUGGUCCUCGACCCCAACAAGAGGAUCACGGCCCGCGAUAUGCUGCUGCACAACUGGUGGCGCGCCGACCCCAAGCCCACGCGCAAGGAGGACCUCCCUAAGAAGGGCGGUGGGCAAGAGAAGCUCGGCGCGGACCUAAAGAGGCCGCCGGGAAUCGUCGACGAGGACCGCGGCGCCAAGGUCGCGAGGAAGCUGGACUUUGGAGCCAAGAAAUGA